CUCACUCUCCUCAAUAGUCAUGAGCUGUGAUGAUGUGGUUCUUCCUCCUUCUCCUCUCUGCUCACACUGAAUUGGUGUUCUUACAAGAUAAGCACCGGCUGAUUCUAGAAGGUAAAGACAACCCGUGUGAGGGCCACGUUAAAAUCUACCAUAAAAACCAAUGGGGCUACGUUGGAGAUAAAAAUUGGAACAGGACCACUGAAGAAGUGGUGUGCAGAAGCACUCACUGUGGGAAACCUGAGGACAAUGCAACAGAAAACGUGCUACGGCCCAUUAAAAGCAAAGUGUGGCUCAAUGAAGUGAGAUGCAGUGGACAUGAGAAACAUCUGGAGGAGUGUGAAUAUCUUGGUCCUGGAUGGGGCAUCAGCGUCUACCGAAAGGAAACUGUGAAAAAGAUUAAAUGUUCAAAUAAGAUCAAAAUAAGCCUGGAAGGAUCUCGAUGUGCAGGAGUUGUCCAGUAUGCAAUAGAUGAGAAAACACCGCCAGGUUACUUUUGUGCUGACAGUUGGGGUAAAGAUGAAUACAAUUUUUUGUGUGGAAAACUCGGAUUGUGUUUAAUUAAUGGUCAUGAGAGACUGCAGCUCAAAGGAGAUGCAUCAAAUGUCUGCUCUGGUCAGCUGGAAACAGAGGAGAAUGGCACGUGGAAAUCUGCUGAAAACAUCACAACCCCGGCUAGUGAAUGGUGUCAGAGAAUGAACUGUGGUACCAAGAACAGUCACGUGGGAACAAAUCUGACUUGCACAGACAAUGUUACCGUUGUUCUGAAGGAUAAUAAUAAAUCCACCAAGUGCUAUGGUGAAGUUCACAUUAAUAAAAAUGGUAAAGAUUAUGCUGUGUGUGGCUCCACCUGGUCUAAGAAGGAAGCUGAAGUGGUUUGCAAGGAGCUGGGCUGCGGAAGAGUUAUUGACCACAGUCCACAAUCCACAUCUUUACAAGUGAUAAUGGACAAUGUGAAUUGCUUAGGCAAUGAGUCCUCACUGUGGCACUGUCGGGCCAGGCAUCUUGGCAAAGAUACACACAGGUGUUCAUCCAUCGCUUACGUAGUCUGUUCAGAGAGCCUAAAUGCGAGACUGGUAGACGGCCCUGGAAAAUGUGCUGGGAGAGUUGAGAUCCAGUACAAGGGCCGAUGGAGACAAGUUCGUAAAGAUUCUGAAUGGACAGACGACAAUUCAAACAGUGUCUGCAAAGAGAUGGAAUGUGGCAAAAUGCGAAAAUCCACCGGUCCUGGAAAGUUCAGCCAGGGUUCUGGUGAUUUCCUCUCUAAUCCUGUCAAGUGUAAUAAAGAUGCCAAUAAUAUAUCUGCAUGCGAUAUAGAGAUAGAGAGAAGUACAGCUGUGGGCAAUAAUGAAGCAGUGGGAGUAAUCUGUGAGGAUCAUAAGGUGAUAUUUCUGGAAGGAAAUAAUUCCUGUUCUGGCAAGGUGGUGAUAGAGCAUGGCGAUACCAGCUACUGGCUCUCUGGGUCUAAUAAUACAUGGAACAGUGUGUCAGGAAAAAUAGUGUGCCAGCAGAUACACUGUGGGAAUUUCGUCAACUUUAGCACAGUUCCUGCUGAAAAGGAGAGAAGCAUUUGGUCUGAAUCUUACUACUGCUCUGACCCCACCACCAGAUCUCUGUUUGAAUGUAAAAAUGAGUCAUCUAAUGCCAGUGACCGUAUUGCAACUGUAACCUGUUCAGGAAAUAAAACUGUAAGCCUGACCGAGACGUGUUGGGGUAAUGUUAAGGUUUGUUUUGGAGGGAAAUGUGGAGGUGUGUGUGCAGACUCCUGGACAAAAGAUUUGUCUGAGUUGCUGUGUAAAAGCCUUGACUGUGGAAAUACAGUCCUAUCUGCCACCAAAAUGCAUGACAAAACGAUGCAGUGGAUCUUCAAAAGUUUGCACCCUACCAAUCAGACUACCAACCUGAACCAGAGCAGCAUUGUUCUGAAUGAUACAAACAUCUGUACACAAAAGGCAGCCUAUGUUGUUUGCUCAGGAAGUGUCAAGCCCCAAUUUGAUACCCCCAGAGACAAAUGUGUUGGAAAUGUGGUGGUUUCCUUUGAAGACCAGUGGCUCCCGGUUUGCACGAAUGCUCUUCAAAACAAACAAGAACAAGAUGCCAUGUGUGAGGCUCUGGAAUGUGGUCAGGCUGUCAAGAUGACUGGCUAUUUUGGACCUAAACCAGGAAAUAAACCUUUCAUUUCAGAACUACAGUGUUCUUCAACUGAAAAAAUGUCAUUAAAAUCAUGUAACAAGAUCACUGCUAAGACAAGUACCUGCACUCCUGCUGUCCUCCAGUGCAACAAGUGGAAAAAGAUGACAGUCAGUGAGACCUGCAGUGGAAUUGUAGUUGUUCACUCAAAUGAAAACCGGGGUCAGGUUUCCUUUGAUGGCUGGACAAACACUGAUGGGGACAGGCUUUGCAAGGAUCUGGAAUGUGGCAGCGUCAAGUCAAAUCAGAAUUACAGUACAUCGGAGAAGCAUUCCGUCUGGGGCAAAACCUUCAACUGCACAUAUCAAAAUAAUACAGAAAACAUCUGGGACUGUGAAAUGCAAAACUCAUCCUCACAGCAGCUACUCUCAAUUGACUGUCGAGAUAAGCCCAGGGUCACCCUGUCAGAGAAAUGUGGUGGUGCAGUGAUGAUAAAUGAAAUUCAAGUGUGUGACACUCACUGGAAAAAAGAAUAUUCAGAUAUGAUUUGCCAAGAACAGAACUGUAGCAAUGCUCUUCACUUCUCCACCACGGGCCCCCAGCCUGAUCCAGCUACUGAUUACUACCAUGUCAGUUGUGAUGACUACCAUCAUGAACUUGGCCAGUGCAAGAGAGUCAAGGGAAAGUGUGCUGGAAAAUUGGUGUCUGUUAAUUGUGUUGGCAAUGUCCAGUUCAACACCACAGAAAAGUGUGGAGGUUCCAUUAAAGUCAGUUACAUUAAAAAUACCUGGGAACAUGUUUGCACCAAGGAACUUUCAGAUACAUUUAAGGAACAGCUAUGUAAAAAGCUUGAUUGUGUUGGUCUCAACACAACAUACAGACCUUCUAAAAGAGAGCAGCUGGUCUCAAGCAUAGGCCUGGAAUGCACUGAUGAUCACAUGGACAUUAGACACUGUCUCAACUCAAACUUGUCUUGUGAAGGAGUAAAACCAGCUGAGGUCUUCUGCAAAGGGUAUAAGGCCCACACACCCCCCAAAAAGGAGUCCAAACCUGUCCCUGUAGUGCCUAUCAUCCUGGGAGUAGGAUUGUUUUUGGUUCUGGUGAUAUUGAUUGUUAUAUUUGUACGGAUCUACACUGUCAAGAAAGCCAAGAAUGCCAUGAAUGACCCAUCAAGAAUGCUGUCAAGAAAAGAAGUAGAGUUUGAAAGUGGUGACUAUGAGGAUGUCACAAGCAAAGAAAAUGAAAUGGAGGACCUCAGUCGUGGCAGGUUCAGAUCAGAGGCUGAAGUCAUGAUGGAGACCGACGCACGGAGCACUUCCUCUUUUCCUUAUGAUGAUAUUGAUGAAGCAGCUGAGGCUCAGCCCCUGACCUCUCAGGCUGCCACUGCCGGUGCCUCUAGAGACAUCCAUGAAGAUGCCCUCAAUAAAAGUGAUGAUGGGGUGACCUAUGAGGUGGACGACCCACAGGAGAAUUAUGACGACAUUGAAGCUAGUUCUGAGAUCACACAGACCAAAGCUGAAGUCCACAACAGCCCCGUAACCACACCUGAAAGUGAGAGUGCAGUGGUACCACCGGGAUUGGUGCCGGGUGAUGUGGACUACCUAGUCCCGGGCCAAGAUGGGUGAGCCAAAACUAGGUUUAAAACCCACUGAAAUAAAAUCAAAUCUGACAAAGUGGAUCACCCCCUUAUAAAAUCCAAAUUACCAACAGAGAAAGAGUAUUUAGGUAUUUUAUACAGCUGAUAUUUGCCAAAGUGCUUAAAAUAAAUGUAAGAAAUAAUACAAAAAUGUAAUGUACAAAAACAAAACAAAAAACAUGAUUAAACAAGUUGAAUUAUGCAUUUUCAGUCAGAAAACAUAAUCUGAUUGUUCACUGCUCGUUAGUCUACCUGCCAGCAAGGUGAAGCUUUAUCAGCUUUAUCUCUCAUUUUACAUGAGCGUGUAUGAGUAAUUGUAAAAAAUAUUGGCCUUCCAUCAAAUCAAAGAUGAGGAAAAUGAGCAGUUUCUUUUUGUCCAAAAGUAAAUAAUAAUAAUAAUAAUAAUAAUUUUUAAUUUAAAAUCUUCACCCAGCUGCUGAUUGUAUGGCUUUGAAUGAAUGAAUGUUUUUGAUUCAACAUCAACUUCAAUGCAUCAAACACAUUAAUCUAUUGACAAGAGAGAUCAAUAAUGAAAUAAAUGUUAAGAGUCAAACUCCUUGUAAGUCAGCUGAUACAACUCAGGUCAUAUUGUCAUAUGUGUACAUUAUAUAGCUCCAAGUUUAUAGGCUUUAUAAGAAUUUAUAGGUUUUACUGUCACAUUCAUGUUUUUUAAAGAAAUAGUUGUGAUGAGUUAGAUGAGAAGGCUGAUACCACUGUAUGGUAAAUAUGAAGCUAAGCAGCCAGCAGCCCGUUAGCUUAGCCUAGCAAAAAGGCUGGAAAUGCGGAAAAACAAGCCCUGUUCACAGAUAAGGAAAUCCUGCUUCAAAGACCUUGAAAGCUCAGGACUUAAUAUGUUAUGUCUCAUUUCAAUCUGUAAAAACAAGUGUAUUGACAAAUUAUAGUUUUAUGGGGGAUUAUAUACUGGACUGUUUCUUACUGUGUAAUUAAUUUUUAAGCUUAACUUUUGUACAAAUUAAAUAAACAAGAGAUACAGUGAUAAUUAGUGAACUUUAAAGGUGCUGCUUGGCAGAUUUUGUUACUUUUGGACAGAGCCAGGCAAGCUGUUUCCCCCUGCUUCUAGUCUUUAUGCUAAGCUAGGUUAACUGACUUUAGGCUCUGCCUUCAUACUGUGUGCUGUCUUGUCAUCUGUUAUUGUCUUAGUGACUUCCUGAAUGAAAUUUUAUAAAUAAUAUAAAUAUUAGACUUUUUGCACAUACCAAGAAGAGGUCAGAACUGUAAUGACAAUGUAGGCGUUGUCAAACUUGGAAGUAGAGCAUUUAAAUUUAAGACUUUAAUAUCUAAUUUCUUUUUCAUGUUCAGUUAUUUGUGAUAAUUGUAAACUUGCUGUAUGUCUUGCUAUUUCAUGUUUCACUUCAGAAUUAAAUUCAGUCAGUUAAUCAGUUACACUGUCUUGUGGCGCAAUGUGGAGCAAUGAAAAACACUGCUCUACUGAAGAAGCCUUUAAAAUGAAUAUGUUUAGCAUGUGUAAGCCUUGUGUGUUAAUAGCAGCUUUGUACUGAAACAACAUUAAAUUUUUUAUCAAGA